AUAUCAACAUGGAAAUCACUUUUGGAAAAUACAUCGUGCAAAUGCAAACACAAUAUUGCCCGCUGAAGUAAAUUCCCCGCAUUAAGAUAAUAAUUAAACUAAUCAAUAUGAAUAAAAUUAAAAUGGUUUAUGCAUAAUAAACCUGUCAUCUCAAAAAGAACAUCUAGAAAGAAAAUAAAGCGUUACCUUUUAGGUGAACAUUGAUUCCGAGUUAUUUUACAACCUUUGCCUUUAAAAUAAACUCACAGGUACUUGACCAAACGUUGGGUUCUACUGAAUGUUUGGUGAUUGGAACACAUCAACCAUGCAUUUGACUACUACCUCCCAAACCGCUCCAGGUGCAGCGUCGUCUCCUGAAGGCACAAAUUUGAUAAAUGAGACCUACACAAAGAUGACCUCUGACAUUUUGGCGGAAAGAACCCUAAGUGAUUUCCUCGCCGAACACCCGGGUGAACUUAUAAGGACGGGCAGCCCCCUGUUUGUUUGUACGGUUCUACCUCCUCAUUGGAGAUCGAACAAAACUCUACCGGUUGCAUUCAAAGUGGUCGCCUUGGGGGAUAUCGGUGACGGAACCGUCGUGACAGUGAGGGCGGGUAAUGAUGAAAACUAUUGUGCAGAACUUAGAAACUCGACUGCGGUUAUGAAGAAUCAGGUGGCUAAAUUCAAUGAUUUGAGGUUCGUCGGGCGGAGUGGAAGAGGGAAAAGCUUUACACUUACGAUAAUGAUCUCGACCACCCCGCCACAAGUAGCAACGUACAAUAAAGCUAUAAAAGUGACAGUGGAUGGGCCAAGAGAACCUAGAUCAAAAACAAUGUUUUCAUUUUUAGGACAGCAGCAACAGUUUCAUUUUGCCUUUGGACAACGUCCUUUUCCAUUUGCUAGUACUGAUCCACUUUCUGGUUUUCGAAUGCCGCCGAUAGCAAAUUGUAACAAUAUGCCCCAAUUCGGAUUGAGUACUACUAACGCCCAUUGGGGUUACAGCACUGGAGCUUACUCUUCCUACUUGACACCGAGUACGUUGGGUUCAUGUGCAGGAUCAACUGUAUCACAAUUUAAUACAUCAACGUUGGGGUUUUCAGGAACCGUUGCUGACCAAACAAACCAGGACACGUUUGGAACUGGAACCACUGCAUCACUUCUUCCAGAUUCUGGAACGACUGACUUAGAUCAACAUCUUGGAAUUGUAUCUUCCCAAACCCAUCCAAACCAUGGACAAACAACCCAACAUUCAUCGCUAUUGGUUCCAAGAUACCCAACUAAUCAUUCAGAUUUCGCCUUAUCUGGUCCACGGUCAUUGUCUGAUAACUCAAGUGCAGCCGAGAGUCCUGUUCAGGACGAUCUCUUGAACGCUCAGACUGCGUUAACAACAAAUCACGUUAACAAUUCCAAUUUUUCUCUUCACCAGAAUAUGGCCCAAACAUCGUAUUCAAGUGCCAACUGCAACAGUUCUUUAUAUCCCGUCCUUCCCGCCAGUUUACUCUAUUCGCAGUUGUAUUCGGCUGCUAAUCAGAGUCAUACGUUCCACUCCCUCCACUCGCACACCACGCAGGCACACCACAAUGAUCUUCAGACUGUCAUGGAUCAUUUAUCUACUAAUCAAAGGCAUAUGAAUGGUAGUAGCGAACUUCUUUUGUCCACAAAUGGAUCAUGUGGAAAUGCAGUGGCAAGACAAGAAGACGCACACGCGAGAGCUUUAAAUAACAGUACUACUCACCGUGGUGCUGCUCAAACGGGUGAUACUGCAGUGUGGCGACCCUACUGAGAAUUAGAAAAUAUGGGUUUUGCGUUUUUUGACUGUUAACAGGGACUCAUUAGGACAUAUUAAGGAAUUUUACAUGUGCCGAAGUGAUUCCGAAACAUUUGUGCAAUAUUUUUUGUGUUCAAAGUUAUUACUUGCCGAUGUUACUUUUAAAUUGUAGAUAUUGUUUUGUAAAUAGGUCUUUUUGAAAUAACGGAAAAAGAGUUUAUUGAUAUGGGAGCUAUUGGAGAAAUGCGAAUAUUUAAUUGUAAAUUUUUCAAAAUUAGACAUUUAGCUAUGUCAGGCUAUUCGAUAGGUACAUAAUUUUACGUUAACAGAAUCACAAAUAUUGUCAAGUGCAGUAACGUUACUAAUCGGUGCAAUUUAUUGUUUUAAAACUUUUAGUGUAGUAGAAAUACAAGCCCAAUGUUUAGUUAUUGAUUGAUGAUAUUUAGUGGAUAAAUAUCUAUUCUUCUUGCCUGUUUUAAUCAUUAUAAUAUUUAAAAAUGAUCAUAUUUUAAAAAAUGUGUAAGCGAAGCCAGUAACUAAGAACUCUCAACAUAACCUAACAUAAUCUAACUUAACCUCAACAUGAAAAGAUGAAACAAAUUAUCUGCAGAAGCCGUCCGAUGGUAGGUACUAAAACGCGAGUGACUUGCAGCGCUGGCUAAGUUCAUUAUUACUUGGUUACACUACAAUAUUUUAAGUAAUGUACUUUUGCAGUUGCUGUCUUUGUUAUGUAUCAUUCUAUUAAUGUAGUAUCUCUAUGGCACAACAAUAUAUAGUUGAAUCAAGAUUUUCAGUUUUAUCGAUUAGUUGAACGUCUGAGUUUGAAUGUAGUUUACUGUAAAAUAAUAUUUCCUAACCUACAAAUGUAAAUACAAUGGUAUUUUUACCUACAAUUGUGCAAUAUUGACGUAUACGUUGUUUUUUACAUUUUGUUGUUCAAUUUAUUGUACAGGGAAUAUAUUUAUUUGAGACUAGAGAAACUUUGUAUUUUAGUUUCACCAUAUCCUUCAAAAAUUGUUUCUUGGUAAAUUUUUCUUUCUUCUUUUGUUUGUAGACUACAAGUAGACUGGAGGUAGGAGUAAAAACUGUGUGAAAUUGUAAUGUACAUCGCGAGACGUAAGAGCGUUUUAGAUCACUACACACUAAAACAGUGGGCAUCCAAUAUGAUUUCCGGAUAGAUGACUUUGUGAUUUAGAUGCGUUUGUUUACCUUAUUUACUAUGAUUCGGGCAUGUGUAUUUAUCACAAAUCAGUUGUGUUUCAUUUUAUCAUUGUAAAAAAGAUAAACGAACACACCUUUUGUGCUUGGUAAUUGUUAAUGGAUGUAUUCGUUCGUGGUAAUUUUCUAAGGUUUGCGCAUGCGCAUUUUUUGAAAAUCAGUUAUGAGCAUGCGUGCUUGAGGAGUAUUACUAAUUAUUAAACGAUUCGCAUGCGUGAAUCAAAGUAAAAAGGGAAAUGAACACAGCUAACACUAAACUGAUGCGAAGUCGCUCAUCGCUCAGCGAUCCGUAUGUUUUCUAUCGUUUAGUAUUCACGGCAUUUUUUACAGCCAACCGCUGUGGCUUAGGUUUUGUUUCUAUAUCUAGUCUUCUUGGUAGGGUGGUUUUACAAAGUAACAUAAUUGGCGAUUUUCUAACUUAUUCUGUGUUAAAUACUAGGACUUUUUGUAUACAAUUGU